UAGCAAAAAACCUCAUUGUAACUGUAAAAUGCGCCAAUCUGACAAUGAUUUUUCGCGCGCUUUCCCCCACCUUUUUUUCUCUUUCUCGUAAAAGGUUCUCUCCUAUAAGUAUAGACCGCUCGAGCACCCAUCGGGGUACCACCCAAAAUCUGGUUCAUCUCUACAGUUCGUAAGCAGAGUUAACUUUUCUUCGUCGACAUCAGUGAUCAGUCUGAUCGAUUCUGCGAUUCUUAUAUUGUAACUUUACAAUAUGGAAGCCGAAAAACAGAGUGCACUCAUCAUCUUGGUCAUUUGGAGGGGCAAAAAGCUGAAUGUUGAGAUGGAAUCAAGUGACACUUUUAAGGAGUUUGGGCACAAACUACAGAAGCUGACUAAUGUCAAAGCUGAUACUAUGAGAUUUCUCGUUCCACGAUCGAUGGAUGAAGGUUCAAAGCUGUUCACUCCUUUCUCUGAUGAGCACUCCAGUUUGAGCCUACAAGAAGCUUCCAUUCAUGAGAGAAAACCUGUUAGAAUGAUGGGAGUGUUUGAGGAAGAAAUUGAAGAGAUUAAACAAAAUGCAAAAGAAGACCUGAGAAUAGUUGGAUUUGAUGAAGGGGAAAAGAGAGUAAGGCAGAAGAUAUUGGAUAGGCCCCAGACAUCCCUCAGACUUCCUCAAGGAACCUACACCUUUUGUGAUUUUUACACACUUCAAAUUCCAGGAAUAGAGUUGAACCCUCCAGCUACUGAGGCUUUGAGGAGGAUGCACAUGCUUGCUGCUGAUCCAGGAAUCAUUGCUAUUAUGAACAAGCAUCAUUGGCGGGUAGGAAUUAUGACAGAGAUGGCGCCUGAGGGAUAUGUUGGAAUCAGUCCCAAAUGCAUUCUUGGAUAUAACAAGAAUCGUGGAGAGGAGAUAUCUCUUCGCCUUCGAACUGAUGAUCUCAAGGGUUUCAGGAAAUAUGAGAAUAUCAAGAAAACUCUGUUGCAUGAACUAGCUAACAUGGAAUUCUCCGAUCAUGAUACCAACUUUUUUGCACUAAACAAACAUCUCAAUGAAGAAGCUGCUAGUUUAGACUGGACAAGAUCAAGAAUCUGCACCUUGAGUGCUGCUAGGCCUUCGGAACGUCAUGAAGAGGAAAUCUAUGUUGGAAGCAGUGGUAGCACUUCUCAAAAGCUUGGGGGCAAAAAGCCAGGUCAGCUGGCUAGUGCUCGUGCAUCUUCAGUUGCUGCUGCUUACCACCGUUUAGCAAUUGCAUCCACUAAUUGUUCAGGAGGAUUUGGAGACCAUGUAGAACCUGACCCCGAUGAUUCUGGAUUGAUAGUGCAUGAACCAGAUCCUGAUGAUUCAGUGGAGGAAAGUAUGCAGGUUGACGAACCAAAGGAAGCUGGCUGCAACCCUUAUUUUGAGCCUGAUCCUGGUGAUUCUCAGCGUGGUGAAGCCAUUGUAUCUGAAUCCUUUCAAGGAAAAAAAACAUACAGGAUCACUUCUGAGCCUGAUCCAGAUGAUUGUGAAGUGGUAAAUUAUGCACCUAAUAUAGGAACUGGGAGAAAGUUGGUGGGCUCCAACACCUGUGAAGAACCUGAUUCUGAUGAUUCUGUGGUAAAUGGGACUACUAAAAAACGUGGAGUCACAGUUGAGCUGCGUAUGGAUGAUGCUGAAGGAAAUGGAACUCUGAACAGUGAGGGUCAGCUUAUGAAUUCCUUUGAAGAACCUGAUCCAGAUGAUUGUGAGAUUAAACAGAACAUCUUGGAAUAUGGAAAUAGUGAUGAACCUGAUCCAGAUGAUUCGGUCAAACUAAACAAGACUGCUGAGGAACCUGACCCUGAUGAUUCGGGAACCCCUUGGGAACAUGGAAGCAGAAGUGGGCCUGAUCCCAUUGAUUCUCGAGGCAAUGGAGUUAUGCAGUUUGAGCCUCAUCCUGAUGACACUAUGAAGAUAUCCAUAGGAAGUUCUAGAAUGCAAGUUGAUGAACCUGAUCCAGAUGAUUCGGUCAAACUAAACAAGACUGCUGAGGAACCUGACCCUGAUGAUUUGGGAAGCCCUUUGGAACAUGAAAGCAGAAGUGGGCCUGAUCCCAUUGAUUCUCGAGGCAAUGGAGUUAUGCAGUCUGAGCCUCGUUCUGAUGACACUAUGAAGAUAUCCAUGGGAAGUUCUAGAAUGCAAGUUGAUGAACCUGAUCCAGAUGAUUCGGGGGUUAAACGGAACAUCUUGGAAUAUGGAUAUAGUGAUGAGCCUGAUCCAGAUGAUUUGGUCAAACUAAACAAGACUGCUGAGGAACCUGACCCUGAUGAUUCAGGAACCCCUUUGGAACAUGGAAGCAGAAGUGGGCCUGAUCCCAUUGAUUCUCGAGGCAAUGGAGUUAUGCAGUCUGAGCCUCAUCCUGAUGACACUAUGAAGAUAUCCAUGGGAAGUUCUAGAAUACAAGUUGAUGAACCUGAUCCUGAUGACCUAGAGCUGCAGAGAAUCCAAGACCCCGUUUCUGUUGUUUGUGCCCAUCUUCAGAAAGCUAUAGAGAUGCUUCAAUCUAAAGUUAGUCCCACAGAGGCUACCACUGUCCUUCAGACUCUGUUCAAGAUCAUUAGGAAUGUGAUUAAACACCCAGAUGAGAUGAAAUUUAGGAGGCUACGGAAGGCUAAUCCCCUAUUCCAUCAUAAUAUCGCGAAUUAUAGAGCUGCAAUGGGAAUUCUUUUCCUGGUGGGCUUCAAUGAGGAUGUUGUAUCAGAUGAAGUUGGGAGGGCAGAGACUAACGUAGCGUUGAAGAGGAAUGAUCUUGGCUUACUGUGGCUCGCCAAGUCUUCAUUAGAAAUGUGUAUUGCCUACUAGCCCUAGUACCUUAGGCUUAAAAUGCUCUCUUUCUUAUUGUCAUUCUUACAUCUGUGUGUGCAUGGAUAUAUGAGUGUGCGUGGAUUGAAGAUAUAGAUGCUAACUGCAAGGUAAGAGCUUGAAGUGGUUAAUUGAGUAUUGUAAACGGUUGUCUUACUGCACUACCCGUAAAUAAAUGUGUCUUUGUUAGUUGUGAUUA